AUUAUUUCGAAAUUUUCUUCACAAAAUGAACUACUUCUUCCAUCCAGGAACGCUGCCAGCAUACUUUCGGAAAAAGCCCGAGAAGAAGACUAGUGAUUGCCCGCACGACAAAUUCUCAGCGGAAAAAGCCAAAUGGCGAAUUGUAAAAAGAAAAUACGACAGAUGGAUCGAAAAAGAGAGGCAAAAGAAAGCUGGGAUCAAUGUGAACAAAAACGUGACUCCAGAAGAUAGAAAGCUUGCGAGAGAAGCUCGAAAAGGACAGAGGAAGCAUGUGAAGGCCAGAAAGCUGAGGAAACGACAGAGAAGACACCGAAUUUUCAGACGCAUUCUGGCAUCGAAACGCGCAAAGACGGAGGUGAUCGCAAAAGGUCAGAUGAAGCCAGAGGAUAUCCGGGAGAGACUUGCCUACUUGAAAUCUCUGCGUGUGGAGCACAUCUACAGAUAUCUACAGUACCGCUACACGUGUUCGGCUCCACAAAGAAAGGCGGCUCGUCAUCUGCGCUGGGAUUGGACACUCGCGAGACAUCGGCGCAAGAGAUACCAAAAGUAUCGAAGAUGGAUGGCGGGGCGUGCCAAGAAGAUGGGACUCAGUGUAUGGAGGAAUUGUGAUAUGAAGCAGAAGCCACAUUCGGUCCCGACAAAAAAAGUUGAAUGGCAGGCGCCGGGGAAGACUGGUUGGAAACGUGUCACCUACGAGAAUAAGUUUCCGGUCGUGCAAACAUUGAACUCUGUCGAGAUUGAAAGCAACUUCAAACACAUCAGUAAAGGCACAAAGUUCAUGUUGGGAAAUAUGCCAAUGACCACGAAAGAUGAUGUGAUUGGCAACAUGGGAAGAGUUGUAUGUCGAUAUUUGGCUUUAAAUCAGUACCAUCAGACCAUAUAUCAUUUUCACUUUCGUGCGGCAAUCAAUUUCGACAGUGCCGGAUCCAAGGAAGCGCAAAUCCUGUCCAAGCUGAACAUGAACCGCUCACAUAACGCGAUGCGUGUCAUGAGAUACGGCCAGUACCUAAACUUGCAAUACAUAUUAACACAGGAGCUGAGCUCGGACUUGGGAUUCAUCGUACAAAAUACGACACUUGACCUCUUCUCGUCUGUGCAUCUUAUCCAGCAAACAUUCUACUGCAUCAGCGAUCUCCACAAGAUUGGCUACACCCAUCUCGACAUCCGCCCCUCCUCGUUCUCUCUUCUCAGAAACAACAAAGCAGUCGUCGUGCUCAAUAGUUUCUUCAACUCCGAAACGCGUCAAAACAUCAGUCGUAACAUUCGUACAACGAAGCACAAUGGGCUGCAGCCUCUUUACGUUCAACAGGCCCGACAUGCCCGUAACAAAUCGGAGCGAGAGCCACUGCCGAAGAACGUCAUCAACACUUACAUGUCGAGGCGUCAACAUUUCCGAUUGGCACGAGGACCUGCCGACGACUACGAGUCGUGGUUUUACAUUUGUGCACGGUUUAUCACUCUGAAAACCUUUGAGUGGCACGACGAGGAGGAUCACAUCGUGGCGGCAACAAUGAAGUACAACUAUCUGGCCACGUGCACGUUUCCAGACCCAGAUACUAAUGAGAGGAUGGCAAAGAUUCUACAGUACUGUCUGUCUGCGACGAAUACGAACGCCAAUGUAGUCGCGUUUUAUCUCGAACGCGUCAUUCAGAACUGGAAAGAAAACAUUCCGCCAAAGGAGUUCUAUUCGUGGCAGGACACGGACUCCGUUAAUACUAAGCACGAGGCCUGGAUGGAAAGAAACAAGACAUGGUACGCACCGAGAAAGCCCAGAUGUGCCGAGUAUUGAGGAUUAUGAACUUUACUAGUCGUGAAUAAAUUUGUGUUGUCCUGAA